AUGGCGACAGUGGAAGAUCUAUUGAAGCAACAAGAACUGAUCAAACAGAUGGAAGAAAGAUAUAUAGUCAAUAUAGGAAAAAUGCAAAGGGAACUAGAAGAUCUUGAAAAAGAAAUUGCGGAUGAAGUAAAUUCACCUCAAACUCAACAAGCUCAACCGGAAAUGACCAACAAUCAACAGUCAAAGACAAAAACAUAA